UGAGCGGAUAAAUGAAACCUGUCUCUGCAGCUGGAAUGCUGAAACUGAACAACAUCCAAGUCAGUUAUGUAACCAACGAACCAGCUGAGUAUAAAAGGAGAAACAGCAGCACAUCAUCCAGCUCAGGAGAGAAGACACAAUGAAAAGUCUGGUGUUUUUGCUGCUGGUGGCUGCGGCCAACGCUCGAGUCUUCGAGCGCUGCGAGUGGGCCAGGGUGCUGAAGAGUUAUGGGAUGGAUGGUUACCGUGGCUACAGCCUGGCUAACUGGGUCUGCCUGACCCAGUGGGAGUCGGAGUACACCACCACCAAAAUCAACCACAACACCGACGGGUCCACAGACUACGGCAUCUUCCAGAUCAACAGCCGCUGGUGGUGCAACGACGGCCAAACCAAAACAUCUAAUGGGUGCAACCUCAGCUGCAGCGACCUUCUGACAGAUAAUGUUGCCAUGGCGAUCAACUGUGCCAAGCGUGUUGUCCGGGAUCCAAAGGGCAUCGAAGCCUGGGUGGCCUGGCGUGAUCGCUGCAAGAACAAGGACUUGAGUCGCUAUCUAGCCGGAUGUCGUUUGUAAUCACCAGACCCAGCUGGGAUGUUUCACCCAAGUUCUGCCAUUUUCCUCCAUAAAGUCAGAAUUAAACAAGCUGUAAGCUGAGAUUUAACAAAAACAUUUAACAACAACCAUGAGAUAUACAAUCUACAAUCUAUUUUGAAAAGCCAAAUAAAAUUUUGAAUUCAUUAUAAAAA